AUGGGCGCCACAGCAACCACGGGUACCGACAACAGCACGGGUACCAGCGAGAACAGGGGCGCCACCGAGAACACGGACGCCAACAAGAGUCCAGCGCCACAGAGAUCUCAUGUGCCAACGAGCACAGGCGCCAACAACAGCACGGGCGCGAGCGAGACGAUGGACACCAACCAGAGAAUACGAGCGCUGCAGAGAACACGGACUCCAGCGAAUAACAACAACGUAACCGAUACCACAAGCGCCACCGAGACCGUCGACGUCAACAAGAACACCGGCGCCGACGCCAACGAGAACACGGGCGCUAGCGAGAAGACGGACGCCAACGAGAGAGCAAAAGUGCCGCAGAGGAAAUGGAUGCCAACGAGAGUAUGGGUGCCACCGAGAAGACGGGCGCAGCAGCAAACUCGCACACCAACGAGAAAGCCCAGCGCCGCAUAG